AUGGUCUAUACGGAUAAAUGUCCAGUUUUGAGCGAUAUUGAAUGGAGAGAUAACUGUCAAUUUCCAGUAAUUCGUAAAGGUGAAACUCCAUCUGAUUGGAUAAAACGAAUUUGGGAUCAGUUGACGAAUUAUAAGAAUAAUAAUCGUUUGACUGAUGAUAAAAAGCGAUAUCUUAUUGCCAGAAAAAUGAAAUAUUUAUGGGAAGGCGAUCUUGGUCAUGCUGUAGGU